AGAAGUGGAGGAGGACUGUCACGUCUGUCAGUUACCCUCUCUCUGCCUCUUACUCUAGUGCCAGAGAUGGAAGAUACUCAGGGGUCACACAGUGCCCCACUGGAGGUCCUGCUUUGUGACACCUUCUCUCUGGUCCCCAGUUCUGGCACUCUCCUCUCAUUAGUUCUCACCAGCAAGGAACUAGUGACACACAGCCUGACCCCUGAUUCUCAGGGGCCCUCUCACCCAUCCUUGUUCUUGGCAGACUGUGUGGGAUGUUCUUCUUUCAGGGGCAAGGACCCUGCAGAUCUGGGGGGGUAUUUUACUGCUCUGUUUUACCCCCUGAAAGGUAACAUACUGGGGUCUGCAUUGUCCCGACAACGAGUGUCCAGGACAUUCCGUACUGAGGCAUCAAGGGACAGGGAGCAAAACCUAAAUCUGGCCAGGACAUGGGCUCGGAAAAUACGUGAACUGGCAGAGGAGCAAGGAACACCUCUGCCAUCUGCCCUGCAAGUUCUGGUGCUGCUGAACCCCCACAGUGGGACGGGUAAAGCGCUUGAGCUCUUCCAGACAAUUGUGAUGCCCAUGCUGUCUGAGGCUGAGGUCCAGUUUACCCUGAUGGUGACCGAGCGCCAAAACCAGGCACAAGAACUGGUGCGUGACGAGGACCUGUCCCGUUAUAAUAUUAUCGUAGUGAUGUCAGGAGACGGGCUGAUGUUUGAGGUCAUUAAUGGGAUCAUGGAGAGACCUGACUGGGCUAGUGCCAUUAAAAAGCCACUUGCCAUUUUACCUGGAGGGUCAGGAAAUGCUCUUGCUGCUUCUAUCAGUCAUUACGCUGGACACCAGCAAGUAAUGGGCACCAAGCUUCUCACCAACUGUGCCUUUGUGAUGUGCAAGGGUAAACCUCACCCUCUGGACCUUGUCUCAUUAACCACCUCUACUGGAAGACGGAUCUUUUCUUUUCUCAGUUUAGCCUGGGGUUUAUUUUCCGAUGUUGAUAUUGAGAGUGAAAAGUAUAGGUUUAUGGGUCCUGCUCGAUUCUCCAUAAUCACAGCAUACCGAAUAACUGCUCUGCGUAUAUAUAAGGGUCGUUUAUCUUACCUACCUGCCAAUGCUUUGCUUGGAGGGUUGGAGAAUAAAGCAGAAGCUGAGUCUAGCCAGCCAAAUUCCAACAAAACAAAUCACAAGCCCACAAAGGACAGUCCAGCAUCUCCAAUUUUGGAAGAUACAUUGUUGGUCCCAUUGGACCAUCCAGUUCCGAGUCAUUGGAGUGUGGUUAGCGAGGACCAAUUUAUCUUUGUGCUUGCUCUUUAUCAGUCUCAUCUUGGAGCUGAUCUCUAUACAGCUCCCAUGAUAAAAGAUCUUGGAGAAGGAUUAAUUCACUUGUUCUAUGCUACCUCCAGAAUUUCCCGGACCUCCCUACUAAAAUUCUUGGUGUCUAUGGAGAAAGGUACUCAUCUGGAUACAGCAAUCCCACACUUGGAACAUGUGCCAGUGAAGGCUUUCAGGGUAGAGCCCUUACAAACAGGUGGGAUAAUGACAGUGGAUGGUGAGGCCAUACCAAGUAAUGCCAUCCAAGGCCAAAUACACAGUGGACUUGGGAGUAUCAUUAGUAUACCACAAGGAACGUGACCCCCUGGGUAUCUGUAGUCAGCAAACAUCCGGAAUGUACUAUAAAUGAUUGGAUGUGCUUUCACAACAAAAUAAUGUGCCACUAAGCUGGUUUAAUUAUAAGAGUUGGCAUGAAAGUAGGUACCACCUCUGAGUGGUUGGACUGAGUCAUAAUCUGGGUUUUCAUGACGUAGCUAACUAUACAGAUGCCUUUCUUUAUAAAAAAAAUGUAUCCUAACUUAAAAAUAGGUUGGAUGAGGGGGUGGUAAUUUGUACUUAGAGAAGCUGUGGCUUUUGUGUAAUCUGAACUGAGAGUUUCAAGUUUGGCAGCUGUCUUCAAGUUUCUUGUGCUGAAAUGUUGGGUUUACCUUGCAUAAAACCCAUGCACAGACAUUCAGCUCACUCUUCCUAUGCACAUAUAUUUAGCUUAUCUAUACCAUCUGCAGACAUUCAGGUUACCCUUCCCAUGCGCAGACAUUCAGUUUACCCUUCCCAUGCGCAGACAUUCAGUUUACCCUUCCCAUGCGCAGACAUUCAGCUUACCCUUCCCAUGCGCAGACAUUCAGCUUACCCUUCCCAUGCGCAGACAUUCAGCUCACUCUUCCCAUGCACAUACAUUUAGCUUAUUUAUCCCAUCUGCAGACGUUCCGCUUACCCUUCCCAUGCGCAGACGUUCCGCUUACCCUUCCCAUGCGCAGACGUUCCGCUUACCCUUCCCAUGCGCAGACGUUCCGCUUACCCUUCCCAUGCGCAGACGUUCCGCUUACCCUUCCCAUGCGCCGACGUUCCGCUUACCCUUCCCAUGCGCCGACGUUCCGCUUACCCUUCCCAUGCGCAGACGUUCCGCUUACCCUUCCCAUGCGCAGACGUUCCGCUUACCCUUCCCAUGCGCAGACGUUCCGCUUACCCUUCCCAUGCGCAGACGUUCCGCUUACCCUUCCCAUGCGCAGACGUUCCGCUUACCCUUCCCAUGCGCAGACGUUCCGCUUACCCUUCCCAUGCGUAGACGUUCCGCUUACCCUUCCCAUACGCAGACAGGGUUCCAAACCUCUGCCAUGCUUUUUAUUCCUACUGACAAACUACAGACCUUAUUGUAGCUAAUUUUCUAUUCAGUCUGUCUAUCCCAUCUAGUGUUAACUCUCUACCACUCAUUAUUAUGACCUUUAAAAGUCUUGUUUUAUACCUACUUUAGAACAUGUAACAUUCUCUCUUUAAAGGGACAUACAAUAUAUUUUACUUUGUUACAUAAAAGGACAGUAUGCAAACAAGGCUGUAUAGAAUAUAGGGUUUUUGAAGUAAUGAACAGGGUUUACACUCGGCCUUUUUGCAUAUUUUAUAUCUGUCCCUAAUUAUACCCAGCAGAAAAGAAAGAGAAAGGGAAAACCUAGGUUUCAAGAAGGCAGCAUAAAUUACUUUAUUGAAAAUAAAGUACUUUAUAGAAACUAAAACUUUACAUUUAUAUCUUCAAUAUUAAAAGAACUAAUAUCAUUUUUAAGGGAUAAAAAUUUCAAAAAUUAAAUGUGCAUUGGUGCAUUAUACUUCCAUUAACAAAAAUGAAUCUAGUAAAAGUUAAUACAGUUUUUCAGUGGCAUACGCACAUAUGCUGUGAGGGCCGUGUACCAAUAUUCAAACAAUCCACCUUCUCAGAGAGUCAGCAGUGGCUUCUAUAAAAGAAAUUAAAUGGACAAUAACAUCUCUCCUUUAAAGGGAGAUUAAGCACUAAAUAAAUACUAGAUAGAAUGACGCAUUCAAAGAAAAGAUUAGUCGGAGAAUAACAUUUAGAUGGAUUUUUAAAGUUUCAUUAGCUGCUAAAAUAUUGCCAAAAUAAGUGUAAAAGUUUUAGUGUCUAUAAAACAAUGGGAGCUGCCAUGUUGCAACUUAGGUUAUCUGCUCUGCUGUGGCCAAUUAGGGACAGUUAUAAAUAGGUCACUAGAGUGUGCAGCCAAUGGCUGUGAGGAAUAUAACAGUGUUCUGCACUUCUAUUUCUAACAGUAACUGGAAUGCUCACAAUUUCAUAAUGGAAUUACAGGAAAAGAGGACAAAAUAAAUAAUGAAAGUAUAUUGCAGAGGUUUUUUAUAUAUACGAUUUAUCAUUGUAUAUUACCAUCUCAAAGUGUUUAAUGUCCCUUUAAAAUGUUCCCAAUGAUUUAUUUUAUUUUCUAGAGUGUAUUAAAUUGUUUCCAAACA